AGCGUGCCCCCAUCAUAUCACAAUGGCGGACGACAAUGGGCAGCCAGCGCAACCAGCCCCAGAGGCUUCAACAGAAGCUCCAAUGGAGCAAAUGGAGGGAUCUGGGGAAUAUAAUGAAUCAGGAUAUUCACAAGAUUAUCCUUCCGACUAUCCACCCGAUUACCCUCCUGACUUCCACCCUAAAAACAGAUUUCCUGGGCCGCCUCGAGGGAGAGGUGGCUUCAUGGGUCCCCGUGGACCACGAUUCCGACCCGAUUGGGGUGGCCCAUUUGGUAGACCACCUGGACCUCCAGGCCCACGUUUCCGAGGGCCCCCACCCCCAGGCAUGCGUGGCCCACCACCUGGCAUGAGAGGUCCACCCCCACCUGGAAUGCGUGGACCUCCACCCAGAGGACCACCUCCCUUUGGCCGACCACCAUUUGAUCCCAACUUCGGCCCAGGUGGUCCAGGAAUGGGACCUCCUCCUCCAGGAAUGGGUCCUCCCCCACCAGGGAUGGGACCGCCCCCAGGCAUGGGACCCCCAGGGCCACAUCAGGGUAUGCCACCACCACCAGGGAUGCCUCCACCAGGCAUGAGACCACCUAUGAUGCCCCCACCAAACGUGCCACCUCCGGGGAUGCCACCCCCGAACUUCUCCGUGCCACCUCCUGGUUACGGACCUCCCCAGCAGUCAGCACAGAAUGAUGCCGAGUUGUGGGUGGAAACCAAGACGGCCGAGGGCAAGAUGUACUACUACAACGCACGAACAAGGGAAUCAGCUUGGACUAAGCCAGAGAAUGUGAAGAUUAUAACUCAGUCGGAGGUGGAGGCUAUGGCUGCAGCACAGGGUGGAGCCACUACAUCAUCAGGGCCCACAACAGCAGCCCAGGCUGCCGUGGCUCAGGCUCAAGCCACAAACCAAGCAGAUCAGUCACCAACACAAGGCUACCCAGGGAUGAUGCCCCCAUCCUUCAACCAGCAGCCUGUACCCCAGCAGCAGCAGCAACAACCCCCCAUGAUGGGGCAGGUCCCCAUAGAGAGUCAGCCCCAGGAAUCGGCUGUCUCUGUACAGAAACCUCCACAGACCCAGCUUCCCCCAAAACCCCCAGAGGUGGCAGAGUGGUCGGAACACAAGAAUGCUGAUGGGAGGAGCUACUACUACAACUCUCGGACUAUGGAGUCAACAUGGGAGAAACCUCCAACACUGGCUGAAUGGGAAGCAUCAGUCAAUCAGUUGCAAGCACCUGUGAAGACGGAACCACCUGUUCAUGUAAAUGGAGCCACAAAUGGAGAGGAGGUUGCUAUGGAAACUGAAGUAAAAGAAGAAGAAAAGGAGGAGGAGAAGCCUGUGGAAGAUGAGAAGACAGAAGAACAAAAGGCAGCAGAGAAAGCUCGACCAGUUUCCAGUACACCUGUCCCUGGCACGCCAUGGUGUGUUGUGUGGACAGGGGAUGGGCGGUGUUUCUUCUACAACCCCAGUCAGCGCCAGUCACUGUGGGAGAAACCCGAAGAACUCCUCAACAGACCUGAUGUAGACAAGAUGAUUGCCGGCCCUCCUGACACUAAACAAGCUGAGAAGAAGAAGGAGGAGAAAGAUGAUGAGGAGGAACCAGCAUCCAAGAAAAAGAAGAUGGACAAGGACGAGGGGAAGGAGGAGGACAAGAAGGAGACCGGCUUCCCCAAGAAGAUCGACGCUGGAAAGGAGGCAGCCAUCGAGGCGGAGGUGCAGGCAGCCAGGCAGAGAGCCAUCGUCCCCCUGGAGAUCCGGAUGAAGCAGUUCCGCGACAUGCUGGCAGAGAAGGAGGUAUCAGCGUUCUCAACAUGGGAGAAGGAGCUCCACAAGAUCGUGUUCGACCCACGCUACCUGCUGCUGACGUCCAAGGAGAGGAAGCAGGUGUUCGAGCAGUACGUGAAGGAGCGGGCUGAGGAGGAGCGGCGAGAGAAGCACAGGAAACUCCGGGAGAAGAAGGAUUCUUUCCGGCAGCUGUUGGAGGAAGCAAAGCUGCAUGGAAAGUCAUCCUUCAGCGACUUCGCCUCUCGGUAUGGUAAAGACGAUCGAUUCAAGGGCAUUGACAAAAUGAGAGAACGAGAGUCUAUAUUCAACGAUUAUGUCUCCGAUCUCCGUCGUAAGGAGAAAGAAGAGAAAUCAAACCAGAAGGAAAAGUUGAAGGCCGACUUCAUCAGUCUGUUGAAGGAGACAUCGGGACUUGAUCGGCACUCUCGCUGGAGUGAAGUGAAAAAGAAAAUCAAUUCUGAUUCUCGUUAUGAAGCAGUAGACAGCAGCUCCAGGCGAGAGGACUGGUUCAAGGACUAUGUUCGGAAUCUUGACACUGACUCCGACUCCGAAGAGAAGAAAGAGCGAGAGAAGGACCGGAAGGAGAAGGAAAAGCAGGAGAGAAUCGAGAACAGUCUGCGUGAACGUGAAAAGGAGGUACAGAGGACACUGUCCAACUCUCUCCGCGAGCGUGACAAGGAGCGGGAACAACACAAGAAGGACGAGUCUAUUCAGCAUUUCAAGGCCCUCCUAGCGGAUCUGGUACGGAACUCUGAGGCCAGCUGGCGAGAUACCCGCAAACAGCUUCGGAGGGAUCACCGCUGGGACCAGGCGGAUCAGUUGGACCGUGAUGAGAAGGAGAAGCUGUUCGAGGAACACAUCGAAAAUUUGACUAAGAGAAACAAGGAAAUGUUCCACAAACUACUGGAGGAGACAGUCGAGAUCUCACUGACGUCUCACUGGAAGGAGACCAAGAAGCUAAUCAAGGAGGAUCCCCGCUACAGCAAGUUCUCCUCUAGUGAUAGGAAACGCGAAAAAGAAUUCAAUGAAUAUAUGCAUGAGAAGUUUGUCCAGGCUAAAAGCGACUUCCGUGAACUUCUGAAAGAAACAAAACUCAUUACAUACCGGUCCAAAAAGAUGCUGGAAGAUACUGACCAUCAUCUCAAGGACAUUGAAAAGAUACUUCAAAAUGACAAGAGCUACCUAGUUUUGGAGUGUGUGGAGGAUGAACGAAGGAAGAUCUUAAUGCAGUACAUCGACGACUUAGACCGGAAGGGCCCCCCUUCCCCACCCACAGCAUCAGAGCCCUCACGACGCAGUACAAAAUAGUUGUAAUGGUUUUAACAUUGUAUAUAUGCUAUGUCCCUGUCUCCAUUGUUGUCAUCUCGCGCUCACUCAAUAAACAAUUUUAACAUUG